AUGCAACCCAAGAGCGCCACGCAGCACCCAUCCACCAAACAAAAGACCCGAUUGAAUGAAAUCAUGGCAUGUGCAGCUCAACUGCCGUUUUCUCGAUCUCCGGAAGCUGCCGGAGGGUUCGACUUCAUAUCAACCAACAACCCCUCGCACUCCCUAUCCCUCGAAUCACUUCGCCUCGCUUCUGCGUCGACUUACUUCUCCUCACGGACCUUCGCCGAGUUCUCCAUGGCUAGCCCAGCAUCCCUGACGGUCCCUCUGGCCGUCGCGCUGUCCCCGCCCGUGCUGAACUUCUCACAGCCCGCUAUUCCCAUCCACGUCGCCAUCCACAACGUCGCUGCCACUCCCGUCACCCUCGUCAACUGGAACACCCCGUUGGACCCUCGUGCCGCCGUUCUCGGGGUCUUUGAGGUGAGCGAUACCAACAACAAUCCGGUACCGCUGGACUCGAUCAAGAUCUCGCGCCGACUGCCUCCGUCGACGGACGAGCUCGUGGAGAUCCCCGCGGGGCAAGCCGUCGAGACCGUGGUGCAUCUGCCGAGUGUAGGGCUGGUUGGUGGUAGGGAAUAUACAGUGCAGGCGAAGGGGAUCUGGCAUGCCGUGUGGUCGAGGGCGCGCGAUGAGGUGUCAGGAUCACAGCUGGAGCGGUUUGAGAAUGCCACGAGGGCGGAAUUUAUAUCCAACGAGAUUACAGUCGAUUCGUCUACGUCUACUUGCAAUGAAUGA